AUGGGAACUGUGUUUCAAAGCAUUUCUGCUGAAUUAUCCGCUGAAUUCGAAAAUUUAUUGUCCAAUAAUCACGCUAGGAGCUUUUUAGAACGAGUAUGCGAUUUGACAGGGACCCUGAUGAUCAGCAGUUCAAACAAUCCCCUAGUCGCACCCAAUUCUUUGAAAAUCUGUGGUUCGUGGGCUUCUGUAUCAAACGCACACAAUAUUCUUUCAUCAUACACUAUUGUACGUGACUUGAUGAAGACAGAUUUUGACGAUAAUGAUAAUUCGUGGGGUGAAAUUACUUCAAGUGAAUAUUUACCUACCCCUAAAAGAAGAAGAAAGAGUCGAAACCGAAAAAUUUGUAACCUAAUUCGAGAAAAUGAUGAAUUUAGUUCAAGUAUGAAGCUGAAAACAUCCCCUGCUAACCCUGAAAUACUUGAUAUUUGUCCUGAUUCUAAUACAGUUUCACCAAUACCUAUUCUCUUGUCAUCAAUUGGGAACAGUCAGACAUUUCCGGUCAAUUUGUCCAAACAAAAUGAAGAUAUUCCCGGGGAGCCUGUUCCAUUAACACCAGAAGAUGGCGACAUGUAUUUCAUUGAAAAUACAAAUAACCAAGUUACCGAUUUUCAGAACAGUGACAAUCAAAGUGCCAACACCGAAGAAGGGGGUAAGGGUAAAUAUCCCUGUACAUUGUGCAAACAUUACUCCACAACUAGUGCCAAGAAUUUAGAAGCGCAUUUGGAUCGAUUCCAUUUUAAACCUGUUACUUGCCAUAUCUGUGGAAGAGGAUUCGGUUACGAAAGAGACCUAAAAAGACACUUGUUGAAAAAUAAGUAUAGCUGUUCCACUGCAAAACGAUCCUUAAUAAACAAACAUUAUGUCACUAUCACCAGAUCUGAAUACGAUACUGAUGAACAAUCAAAUUCUGGUGUUGGGAACUCAAUUGAAGAUUUGGUUAACUUAUCAAAAGAAGGUCAAGAUGAAAGUUGCAAUGAUUCAAACAUCCAUCAUGAAGAUUUGCAGGCUUAUAGCACAAAAGUUUUUGAAACAGAAGAUUCUGGCUUCAAUUUAAACCUUAGAAUUAAAGAAGAACCUAAAGAACUAGAAGAACCAAAUCCGUUAGAAGUUAUUCCUAUUCAAAGUGUAUCAACAAAUUCAACAUCGCCACCAAAAGAAUCUACUGUUCAAACAUUACCAUCACCAAUAAAGCAGAGCCGAAAUUUGGAUAGUAGUACAAAUUCACCUGAAGAUGAAGAUGAAAGAAAUGAUUCGUAUCAGGAUUCUACCAUUCAAAGAGCACAAAUGCCUUCUCAGGAUCAGUUAAAAUUAAUGGAACAAGAAUUUGGUUCCAGCAAUUUUGACUUCAAUGUUGAGGAAGAUUUCACAACAGAAACAACUGGAGAAGUGACCAAUUAUUACUGCAAAAUUUGCACUUAUAUGGCACACAAGAAACAACAUAUGAUCGAUCACAUUUGUCGUAUGCAUAAGAAGCAGUUUGCCUGUGAGCAUUGUAAUUCAAUGUUUGGUCUAGUAAAAGAUUUGAAUAGACAUCUUCGUAGAACACAUGGUGUAGAUAUUCCCCUGAAAAAUUCACGGGGGACAAUUGUUAGACCACUUAUACCUCUUUGA